UUAGUGCCAGAGAGUGCACGAUGGUUAGUAUCGCAGAGGAGAUUCGAAGAAGCCGAUAAGAUUCUGCAGAAAGCGGCACGUAUCAACAAUACAAGAUUGCCAGAUAAGUGGUGGGAGCAGAUCGACUCGGGAAGUGGCAGUGGGUCAACAGCUGAUGGAGAUAUGAAAACACCGACAAGUACAUCAAGUGAGCAGAAAAGGAGGAGUUAUGGCUUCCUCGAUCUGAUUCGAACACCAAAACUUCGAAUGCGUACAGCCGCAUGCUUCAUCAUAUGGCCUAUAGUUUCGAUGAUCUAUUACGGUGUAUCAAUGAAGACUGACUUUAUGGGUGGAGACCUUUAUGCAACAUUCAUAAUGGGUGGCUUCUUUGAAAUACCUGCGCUGGUUUUGAUAUUCCUCUUGGUGGAUCGGAUUGGUCGUAAGGCACUACUAGCUGGCGGUUAUUUUGUUGCUGCCUUCUGUAUGCUGACCAAUCUCAUACUGCCAGAAGGGUCGCAUUGGUUGCUUAGUUUCGUGCAGUUUUUGGUCACGAAAGCCGCUAUAACGAAUUGUUACGCAGUGAUCUAUACGAUAACACCGGAACUCUUUCCGACAGUGAUCCGAAACACAGCGAUGGGAUGUUGUUCGACAAUUGCACGUAUUGGUGCUAUUCUGGCCUCGUAUAUUGCGAUGUGGAUCGUGGAGCGAGUGGGUGCGUGGGCGAUGAUAAUACCGUUUGGAUGUAUGGCGCUGGUGGCCGGUAUAGUGGUGAUCGUUUUUAUACCCGAAACGAUGGGUCACCCUUUGGCCGAAUCGAUUGAGGAGAUCGAAGGUGAACAUUUUGCAGAGAUGAGAAAUGAAACCGAUGGUGCGACACCGUUGUCGAAUAUUGACAACAAGACGGCAGAAGGAAACUCGAAUAGUUGA